ACGGCUAUGUAGGCACCACACGAGAGAGGAGUAUUAUUUUGCCCAAAAAACCAUCUUUACCACCGCUGUGCCACCGGACUUUGCGCCACUAUCACCUCACUGCAAUAUACAAUCAACAAAGUGCCUGGAUUUUCGUUUUUUUUUUCCUUUAAAUUAAUUUAACUUUUUUGUUUGUUUUGUUAUUCGAGUUGACGAACAGUUUCCAAAGUUGACGAAAUAGACAAAGUUUAAGUGAUAUCUUGGUUUAUCCUCGGACAAGUGAAGUACAAGUGACUCCGUACGACUUCAGUGAUUACGGAAAUUCCGUUUGGACAAAACCGCCUUGAUAAAUCAACCCCUCUUGGACACUGAAACGGUAACAGUUGGGGAGGCAUCGAAGAGUGAUUAUUCUGUUUGGAAAAUUAUUGUACUGUGAAGUCGGUACGUGCGUCGGUUAAUAUGUGUCGCAUACCGCGGAUUAUACCGGAGAUAUCGUGACUAUCGUCCUCGUGCAUUGCAGUGUGUUGAUUGGGUGCUCAGCUCCGUAAAAAUAAGGAUCUGACUAAAUUACAAUCAGUUUUUAUUUCUUUUCUCGAUAAGGAACGAGGAACCGAUCGGUGGAAAUUAAUCAUCAUUUUAGGCAAAAAAUUGAACGCUCAGCUAUGGCAGAGGGAAAUGGGGAACUCAAAAUGGAAGAAAAGCAGUCGAAGGAGGAGAUGGAGUAUGUGGAGAGGACGGAGGAUUUCGCUAAGUUGAUUCAGUAUGGACUCGAUGAAAAAGUGGCUGCUAAAUUAGAUGAAAUUUAUAAAACUGGAAAAUUGGCGCACGUUGAUCUGGAUGAGAGAGCCCUCGAUGCCCUUAGGGAAUUUCCAGUUGAGGGGGCACUCAGUGUGCUCACUCAAUUUUUGGAGUCCAAUCUUGAGCAUGUUUCUAAUAAAUCGGCGUAUCUCUGUGGUGUCAUGAAGACUUACAGACAAAAAAGCAGGGCAGGACAGGGCACAGGCACUAGUACAACGCCCAAAGCACCAGAUGAAGACAAAAUUAAGAUGAUACUUGAGAGAACCGGAUACCCACUGGACGUAACAACUGGACAACGAAAAUACGGUGGACCACCCCCAGGUUGGGAGGGGCCAACCCCAGGAAAUGGAUGUGAGGUAUUCUGUGGAAAAAUUCCUAAAGACAUGUAUGAAGACGAGCUGAUCCCACUAUUCGAGAAAUGUGGAAAAAUAUGGGAUUUGAGGCUUAUGAUGGACCCCAUGUCUGGCACCAACAGGGGAUACGCUUUUAUAACAUUUACCAAUCGAGAAGCGGCACAACAAGCAGUCAGAGAGCUCGAUAAUUACGAAAUAAAACCCGGCAAGUGUCUGAAAGUAAACAUUAGCGUUCCUAAUCUACGACUUUUCGUCGGGAACAUACCAAAGUCAAAAGGCAAAGAGGAGAUCUUGGAGGAAUUCGGUAAUUUAACAGCCGGCCUGACCGAGGUGAUUAUCUACAGCUCGCCGGAUGACAAAAAGAAGAACAGAGGAUUCUGUUUUCUCGAGUAUGAGUCCCAUAAAGCUGCAUCAUUGGCAAAAAGAAGACUCAGCACAGGUCGUAUCAAGGUCUGGGGCUGUGAUAUCAUAGUUGACUGGGCUGAUCCCCAGGAGGAGCCUGAUGAACAGACCAUGGCUAAAGUUCGAGUUCUCUAUGUAAGAAAUUUGACUCAAGAUUGCUCGGAGGAGAAAUUGAAGGAGUGCUUCGAGCAGUUCGGUAAAAUCGAUAGGGUGAAGAAGAUCAAGGAUUAUGCAUUUGUACAUUUUGAAGACAGAGACUGUGCAGUCAAGGCAAUGCGUGAACUUAAUGGCAAGGAGAUUGGGGGCUCUCACAUAGAGGUGGCACUUGCAAAGCCCCCAUUUGACAAGAAGAAGAAGGAAGACAUGCUCAGGGCUAGGGAACGAAGAAUGAUGCAAAUGUUGCAAGGACGUGGCGGGGGCUCUCCGUCACAUCCCAGCAUGAUUGGAGGACCCAUGCCAGUCCGUGGAUCUGGUAGCCAAGGUCCACGUGGCACUGGGACGGGAAUGAGACCACCCAUGGGCCGCGGGGAUUACACCAUCAAGGAAAUAGAUUAUGAUUACGACUAUUACGGUUAUGGGGAUUAUCGAGGUGGCUACAGUGAUCCAUAUUAUGAUGACUAUUAUCGAUACGAAGAUUACUAUUUCGAUUAUGCGCCGCCUCCGCCGCCUGCCAGAGGGAGAGGCAGGCAGCCUCAACCGGCUGGUCGUGGCCGUGGACUGGUGGCCCGUGGCCGAGUAGUCGGUGGCCCCCAAGCCCGUGGCCCAGUCAGGGGGGGACGCAACCCCGCAACAUCAGGGGCCCGUGGGGCCCAGCGGCCAGCCGUUCGUGGGGGGGUCCGCGCCAAGGGAAGUUUACCAGGUGAGGAUGCAGGUAAGCGAAAAUUUGACGGGGGUCACCAGAACCAGGGGGAAUCUAAACGUCGCUUCCAGAGCAGCUGGGGAAACCAGCCCCUCGCCCAACAACCGCUGGGCAAUACGUACGGAUUAGCGAGUGUUAACGGUGGCGGUGGUGGUGGCAGUGGUAGCGGUAUCGUUGGCAGUGGUGUUGGUUUUGUUGACCGACCAACUGGCACACCUGCUGGCGAUGAGCACGAGUGGUACCAGGACUCAUACAACUCGUGGAGCUAACUUCCGUCUGACAAUGCGAUGCAAUCCGAUUAAAUCACUAUUUCAAUUCAAAUUCAAACCACAACAAUUGGCAGAAAAGCAUUUUUUACGAGGGCCUCAACACCAUUUACCGACGACAAGAACAGCUCAAUGCGUUGGGUUAACGUUUUGAAAUCAUCGGCAAUCGUCAGCCGAACUAAUAACUGUAAUAAUUGUAAAUGUAGAUUUUCCAGGACUCAAUUACUGAUUAACAAACGGAUGAAUUUAAGGAAAAACCAUUUAAUGUUUAGGUGCAACGCCGACGCGGAAGAUGUCUCACUUCAACUUUUUAUUCCUUCUUUUUUUAAUUUUCAAUUGCAAUCAUCGCCACACCACCGUCAUUCGCGUCGCGCCGAUAUAAUGAAUGAAGUUGUUGUGAUUUUAAUGAUGAAAUGUACAGUGAUGUGCCACUGGGACUAGUUAUUAUUACAUCGGAGUGACCACCCAUCCACCCCGUACUAUUAAUUGAUAAUGUUAAUUGUAAUUGUAAUCGUUAAGGUUAACCACUACUGCAUUGUCACAUUGUUUACUGCCAAGCGAUUGAGUGAUUUUUUGGGGAUUAUGGGAACGACGUGAGAUGGAUAGAACGAGCGAUUAAAAUUAUUAUGGAAAUUUAGGGGGCUUACGAGUUGAAUGAAAAAUUUUUAAAAUUACAAAAAAAAAUGUUUAUUAUUAUUAGUUUGAGAGGAAUUAGGAAAAUUGACGUUGAAAAAUUAUGUUUGGACCUUUGUGAUGGCUCGUAUUUAGUUAAGUGGUUAUGAUAGCCUGUGGUUGUAACAGCUAGGGCGAGUAGAUUUUUUUUUCCUGUUUAAAACGUGUUUUUUUUCUCUUUCAUUGUUUCAUUUUUUUUCAUUACUAAAAGAAUAAUAAAGAAUAAGAAACGAAAAGACUACUCGUAGCGAGGAUAAGUGGCUGGUUGAGGACUGAAAGAUGAUUUAAAAAAUUGAUAGGAGUGUUUUAGGAUGCGUGUGGCGUAUGUCAGAAGAGCUUGUGAAAUUUAUACGAGUGUGUGAGAGAAAGGUAAAUGGGACGAUGGAAUUUCGAUGGAUUUUUAGAGCUAGUUGGGGAAAAAAAAUUCUGAAAAAGGGAAAAAAAAUUGAUUAUUAGUUAAGGAAUUAAUAAAAAUCAGACGUGUGGCAUCCUCCUGUGUGUUCAUGUAUGCGUGAGGAUUGGUAAGAGCCUAGACUUUCUAUUGUUGGUCUAUAAUGUGUACAGUCAGUGAAACUAUUAUUAUUAAGGGUCAGGCAAAAUGAUUAAUCAGGGCGACGAUCGAUUGAAUUUUUUCCAUCGAUUAUUUUCGUCCCCUGAGUUGAUGGUGUUCUUCAAAAAAAUUUCCAUUUUUUUUUCUUUUUUUUUGGUUGAGUUUUUUGAUCAUUGAUUCGGAGAUUAUUCGAAUCAAUGAUGCAAUUGUGAUCGAAUUGGGGGUCGAGAUUAAGACUUAAAUAUUGCUCACGAUAAUGAGACUAAAUUAAAUUGAAGGAAGAGAAUAAAAAUGUGAAUUGUCCGACGAGGACACCAAUUUGUAUAUUAGAUAAAUCAUUCAAUUAAUUCAAUUUAUGAAUUAUUGAUGAGAGAUGAAAAAUUUUUAUGAAUAACUCGUAUCUAAAUUCUAUAACUGUAUUUUCUUUACUGCAUUUUUCUACAAAAUGCUAUUUAUCCUCACCCUCCAGUAAUCAAUUGGAAUAGUUAAUGAAAAAUAAUGGAGGUGAGAGUUGAAUUUACUUGUGAGAUGAUUUUUCAAAUGGCGUGACUAUUGCGCUUUCGAAAUUUGUUUUUCUUUUCUUUCUUCAUUGUAUUUAGGAAAAAAUAAUUGACACUCGACUGGCUGCCGAAUUGAUAAUGAUAGUUGACAGAUUCGAAUGAUUAAAUUGAGAGAUUUGAUAAAUCAUAAUGAUUAUGUAGUAGAUCAUAUACGGGAUAAUGCAUGAAACAACAUGGGGUAAACGAUAAAUAAUAAAAAAUGUGGGAAAAAAAAGAAAAAAAAAGAGAGAGAAACACACAAGCACACGACUUUUUGAGUGUUGAGACUCGUUGUUAUUGUUAGCCUGUUAGUUAAUUAGUAAGAGUUGUAAGUGCGGGUUGUAAGUUGGUCCCUGUCCCUGGAGCCCAGACAUCCCCCCUGUUCUGGAGAUUUAAAUAAUUCAAAUGAAAGAAUGCAAAUUAACACGAAAAAAAAUAUCUAAAGAAUAUUAACUGCAACAAAAACAUAACGAGAUGAAUCAUUUUUUAAUGAGAAUCAUUAAUAAUCACUAAUGAAUAUAUUGAGAAUGGAACAAAAAACUAACAGAUUUCAAGUAGAGAAAAAUGUAGACUUUUACGUAUGCAAACACAUGCGCACCCACUGACAAAAAAAAGUGAAUCCAGAACAAAUGGAAAAACAAUUUUAAAAUGGAGUUGAAAUAGCUGACAAUCGUAUGAAACGCUGCAGACAUUGUGUUGUCACAGAAUAAACUAGCACCUCAGAUUUAUAUGAACCUCCAAGCCUCCCUUUUCACUGGAACUUUAUAAAAAAAGAAAAAAAUGAAAAAUAAAAAUCGAAAAAAAAAUUUAAAAACGGCAAAAACCAUGGAAAAAAAAGUGAGAAAAAAUCGAAUGCCGAUACAAUCAGACCACCAUCUGUAAUUGACUCAGCACAAUUGACAAGUGAGCAAAGAAUUUUUUUUUUUGUUGUAAUGAGGAAAAUAAUCGGCCACGAAUAAAUGAGAAAAGAAAAAUAAUAACCAAUGACGAGAAAAUAUAAAUCAAUGGAUGAAGAUAAUUGCGACUAGGGCUUGCAUCGUGAGACAGAGAUGAUGAAUUCGAUUAUACAUGCGUAUGAAAUAUAGUUGAUCAAUUGAUUUUGAUGAAAAAUGUCUGGAUUUAAAAUAUGAUAUGAAAGAUCGAUAGCUCGCAGACCCUCCUAUUUAUGAGCAUUUUUUUUGUUACUUUUUAUUCAUGUUUUACUUAACUCUAAUCUUGUUUAUACCCCCAACCGCGAUUAUUCGUUCACUCUGUAGCAAAAAAAAAGAACCGAUGAGAGGAGAAAGGAUGAUUGAUGGUGAAUAUGGAAGGGGGUUAGAUCGCAACUAGUUUUAAUAAUUGAAUUAAUAAUCCCCCGCAAAGAAGAAAUGGAAAAAUCAUAUGAUAUCCCCUGCGUCUCUGCCUUAAUAAUUAUUAUUUGUCUUCAAGUUUUUUUUUUCUUUCAAUAAUCAAUGUACAAGAUCUGUAAUUUUUUUUCGUGGAAAAUGUUUUCUUUAUUAUUCUCUUUCUUAUUUCAUUAACAUUUAAUCAGCUUAUAUUAUCCGAGAGAAAAAUCCCAAAACCCUUAGCCUCCCCCAAACCUUUCCCCCCAAUAAUCCUUUAUUUUUUCAACUUUUUAAUCCUUAAAAUCCCUUUACCCUAUUUAUAAAAGCAUAAUAUCGAGGAUAUAAUAUUAAUAUUAACAAUAUAAUAAGGAUGCUAUUGCUAAUCAAUUACUGAGUGGGUUUUUGUGAACUUGAUAAAUAUUUCCGUAUGAAAACGAUUAUUAAAAUGAAAAAAAAAUCAAUGCGAGGGAAAAAUACCUGAGGUAAAUUAAGAUAACAAAAAUCAUAUAAGGGAUUAAUUUACAAAAAAAAAGGGAAAAUGAAAGUUAAAAUUUAAACAAAAAUUAUGAAAACAAAAUCUUGAAUCUUUGUCGAGGGCAAUUGUAAUGAGAAAACAAAAAAAAUUAAAAGAAAUAAUAAAUGCAAAAUUUUAUUUGAUAGAAGGCAAAUUAACAGAGUCCAAUUAAUAGACGAAAAACCUAAAUUUAGAUUGUUCGGCUUGCGGGGGCAAGGAAGCACGAGUGGCAAAGUGGCUGAGGCAGUUCACGGUGACGAGACUUUAGACUGAUCUAGGUACAUAGCGUUAUGAUAAUUGACCGUUAUUUUCCAUUGUGUGGGCGUCCCACGAGCGAAAAAAAAUGACGAAAGAAAAUUGAAGAGGAAAUUCAAUUUUUCUUCUCAUUUUUUUUCUUCCGGCUCAUUCAUUCCUCUUCCCCAUUCUUCAUCAAUCCCUCAUCACUACACGUACGACAAAAUUUCAUGGAAAAACCUGGAAAAUUCCACAGGUUGACUCUGCAUUUUUUUAAAGGAGAGUUUGAGGGAAAAUAUUUUAUAGAACAGGUCUACAGAUCUUAAUGUUUUUACACAACUCAUUCUAUUGACAUUAUUUCUACAGAAAAUAUCUCAAGAGAAUAAAUUGAGUAGAGCGAUGGAAAUCUCCAGAUUUCGUUUUCGAAGUGUUUUUUAUUAAACAAUUAAAUUAAAAAACGUAAUGGAAUUUUUUAGGUUUUUCAAUAAUUUUUUUUGUACAUGUACCUAUCAAGUGGGGCGUCCGAGGCGGGUUAAAGCGUUUCGAUAAUUGCCCAUUAUUUUUCAAAAUUUCAUGGGCGUCCCACGAGCGAGAAAAAAUGACGAAAGGAAAUUGAAGCGAAAAUUCAAUUUUUCUUCUCGUUUUUUUCCUCCUGAAAAUUAAUUCCCCUCCCCCAUUCCUCAUCAAUCCUUCAUCACUACACGUACGACAAAAUUUCAUGGAAAAACCUGGAAAACUCCAUUGAAAAAUUCCGCCGUUUCACUCUGCAUUUUUUCAAAGAAGAGCUUGAUGGAAAAUAUUUUAUAAAAAAAAGUCUGCAGAUCUUCAAAUUGAAUUGAUGAAUUGUCAAUUCAUUGUCAACUCGUUGUUGAGUCAUUCUAUUGACAUUACAUCUACAGAAAAUACCUCAAUAGAAUAAAUUACAAACAUUCAUGUUAAAAAACGUCCACUGGAAUUUUCUAGGUUUUUCAAUAUUUUUUUGUACAUGUACCUGUCACCCUCAUCACCCAAGAACAACAUCGACAAGUGGGGCGCCCAAGGCGGGUUAAAGGUCGCACUUAGGAUAAUGCACCACUGUGGCUAGCCAUGCCCCUCACCGCCCGCCCUUCACCUUCCUAACUAGUGUUUUUUUUUCCCUUAUUCAUAUAUUUUUUUAUCAUUUUUUCACUGUUGAAUUGACCUUACUUUACUCACGGCACAUCAGCUGGGAGUCAAUCCACAGCAAUGGCAAAUUUCUUUCCAAUUUUUUUUCACCUGUCGAGAGCCACUUUUCUCUCUGACAGUUCUCCAUUGCGAAUUAAAUAAGAACGAAACAUGAACUUUGAAUAUGGGAGAAAAAGAUGUGCCGGGCCGGGACAGUUGUGACAGGUUUUUUUCUCGUCUCCGGCCCGAGUGGAAUAUGAGAAUGUCGAGACAGAUAAAUGAUUGAGAUGAGUGAAACCAAGUGUUCUUUUUUAAUUCUAUAUUAAAUAUAUUAUAUAUUAUAUUCCUGCGAAUAUGCAUUCUUUUGUGAAGAUUGAAACGUGAUGUUAUGUUUUAGCGGUUAAAUGACGAAGUUAACAGGCUUGAGGAAAAUUAUUGUCCAUUUUAUUUCGAUACUUUGGCUUUCACGUUAGACUUUACGUUGUUGAGAUCCAAAUUCAAUGCACGCUUCAAUUUUCUCCUCAACGAUUUGAAAACAAAAGAAACGUUUUUUCUCUCCAACUGCCUUUCCAUGAAUCGCACCGGGAAAAUUGCUUCGCUUCUACUUUCCUUGUAUGUUUCGCCCGUAAUUUUGGUUUCGACUAAUUAAAUCACGUAAUUGAACGAGUGAUUCACCGAUGAAAAAGAAACAGCGAUGCAAAGUGAAGUUGAAAAAAAGUAAAUGAUGAAAUUAUAACAGUUGUUGCCGAUUUUCCCCUUUAACGACUAAAUUUUUUAUAAUCUUGUCAAUCGAGUUUCCCCCGGGCUAGUAGCUAGAUUAACGUGGAGAAGGAAAAAUGCCCGGAAAAGAAUUACUGAAAAAGUAAACGAUGAAAAUUUAAAAAAAACUUGUCAAAGAUUUUGUGUAUGAACCAAGUUGUAUUCUACAUGUCUCAAUAAACAGUUGUAUGUGAAUUUA